CUCCGGUUUCUCCUAGGCCCUCAGUUAGUCUGGUCGAAGUGGAUUAGAGCAACCGCGAAAACCGGAAGGUGUUUCCCUUGGCCGGCUGGGGCGAAGCGUGGGUGCCGGAUUAGUGAUUCGGAUAGCAGACCGGACCGAGCAUGGACUGGCUGUGAUUCCAGGAUCAGAAAGUGGAAAAGAAUAAAAAAUGAAAGUGGACCGAACGAAACUGAAGAAAACCCCCACCGAGGCUCCUGCCGACUGCAGGGCCUUGAUCGACAAGCUCAGAGUCUGCAACGAUGAGCAGCUGCUGCUGGAACUGCAACAGAUCAAGACAUGGAACAUCGGGAAGUGCGAGCUGUACCACUGGGUGGAUCUCUUGGACCGCUUUGAUGGCAUCCUGGCCGACGCCGGGCAGACGGUGGAGAACAUGCUGUGGAUGUUGGUGUGCGACCGGCCGGAGCGGGAGCAGCUCAAGGCCCUGCUGCUGGCCGUGCUCAACUUCACCGCCCUGCUCAUAGAGUACAGCUUCUCCCGGCAUCUCUACAGCUCCAUCGAGCACCUGACCACGCUGCUGGCCUCCUCGGACAUGCAGGUGGUGCUGGCCGUGCUGAACCUGCUCUACGUCUUCAGCAAACGCUCCAACUACAUCACGCGCCUGGGCUCGGACAAGCGGGCGCCCCUGCUGUCCCGGCUGCAGCACCUGGCCGAGAGCUGGGGCGGCAAGGAAAACGGCUUUGGACUGGCCGGGUGUUGUAGAGACUUGCACAUGGUGAAAUACCCACCCAGUGCCACCACGCUGCACUUUGAGUUCUAUGCAGAUCUGGGCACCGAGGUCAAAGUGGAUAAAAGGACGACCAGCAACACGUUGCAUUACAUCCACAUAGAACAGCUGGACAAGAUUUCGGAAAGCCCCUCCGAGAUCAUGGAAUCCCUCACCAAGAUGUAUAGCAUCCCCAAGGACAAGCAGAUGCUGCUCUUCACACACAUCCGCCUGGCGCACGGCUUCUCCAACCACAGAAAGCGUCUGCAGGCUGUCCAGGCCCGGCUGCAUGCCAUCUCCAUACUAGUGUACUCCAAUGCCCUGCAGGAGUCAGCCAGCAGCAUCCUGUACAACGGGCUGAUCGAGGAGCUGGUGGACGUGCUGCAGAUAACGGACAAGCAGCUCAUGGACAUCAAGGCGGCCUCCUUGAGAACCCUCACCUCCAUCGUCCACUUGGAGCGGACCCCGAAACUCAGCAGCAUCAUCGACUGCACGGGAACCGCCUCCUACCACGGCUUCCUGCCGGUCCUCGUGCGGAACUGCAUCCAGGCCAUGAUCGACCCGACCAUGGAGCCGUACCCUCACCAGUUUGCCACGGCCCUCUUCUCUUUCCUCUACCACCUGGCCAGCUACGACGCGGGCGGGGAAGCGCUGGUUUCCUGCGGCAUGAUGGAGGCCUUACUGAAGGUGAUCAAGUUCCUGGGGGACGAACAGGACCAGAUCACCUUCGUGACCCGGGCGGUCCGCGUGGUGGAUCUCAUCACCAACCUGGACAUGGCGGCCUUCCAGUCCCACAGCGGCCUCUCCAUCUUCAUCUACCGGCUAGAGCACGAGGUGGACCUGUGCCGCCAGGAGUGCCCCUUCGUCAUAAAGCCAAAAAUCCAGAGACCGCCCACCGCCCCCCUCCAGGAAGGGGAGGAGAUGGAGACGGACAUGGAAGUGUCGGACGUGGCCAUGGAGAGCAGUCCGGGCCCCUCGACCUCAGCGGAGCCCCGGCCAGAAGCGGCAGCAGUGGUGGUGGCAGAAGUGAGGACGCCGAGCGCCGUUGCCCCCAGCUGCAGCACCGGCGGCGCGACCAGUGCCGUCGUCGCCCCCCGCAGCGGCGUGCAGUGUAUCCCACAGCGAGCUGCCCUCCUCAAAUCCAUGCUCAACUUCCUCAAGAAGGCCAUCCAGGACCCCGCCUUCUCAGAUGGCAUCCGCCACGUGAUGGAUGGCUCCUUGCCUACCUCUCUGAAGCAUGUCAUCAGCAACGCGGAGUACUACGGCCCGUCUCUCUUCCUGCUCGCCACCGAAGUGGUGACGGUCUUCGUGUUCCAGGAGCCCUCACUGCUCUCCUCGCUGCAGGACAACGGGCUGACGGACGUCAUGCUGCACGCCCUCCUCAUCAAAGAUGUCCCGGCCACGCGGGAAGUCCUGGGCUCCCUCCCCAACGUGUUCAGUGCCCUGUGUUUGAACGCCCGCGGCCUCCAGUCCUUCGUGCAGUGCCAGCCCUUCGAGCGGCUCUUCAAGGUGCUGCUCUCCCCGGAUUACCUGCCCGCCAUGCGGCGCCGGCGCAGCUCCGACCCGCUGGGGGACACGGCCUCUAACCUGGGCAGCGCCGUGGACGAGCUCAUGAGGCACCAGCCCACACUCAAGACGGACGCCACCACCGCCAUCAUCAAGCUGCUGGAGGAGAUCUGCAACCUGGGCCGGGACCCCAAGUACAUCUGCCAGAAGCCAUCCAUCCAGAAGGCCGACGGCACGGCCACGGCCCCGCCGCCCCGCUCCACCCACGCGGCCGAGGAGGCCUCCAGCGAAGACGAGGAGGAGGAGGAGGUGCAGGCCAUGCAGAGUUUCAACGCCACUCAGCAGAGCGAGGCAGAGCCCAGCCAGCAGGUCGUUGGGACGGAGGAGCGAAUCCCCAUCCCCCUCAUGGACUAUAUCCUCAACGUGAUGAAAUUCGUGGAAUCCAUCCUCAGCAACAACACCACGGACGACCACUGUCAGGAGUUCGUCAGCCAGAAGGGGCUGCUGCCUCUGGUCACCAUCCUGGGCCUGCCUAACCUGCCCAUUGACUUCCCCACCUCGGCCGCCUGCCAGGCUGUGGCGGGCGUCUGCAAAUCUAUCCUGACGCUCUCCCAUGAGCCCAAGGUGUUGCAGGAGGGGCUGCUGCAGCUCGACUCGAUCCUCUCUUCCCUGGAGCCCCUGCACCGGCCCAUCGAGGCGCCGGGCGGCUCCGUGCUGCUGCGGGAGCUGGCCUGCGCGGGCAACGUAGCUGACGCCACCCUGUCGGCCCAGGCCACGCCGCUGCUCCACGCGCUGACGGCCGCCCACGCCUACAUCAUGAUGUUCGUCCACACCUGCCGGGUGGGCCAGAGCGAGAUCCGGGCCAUUUCGGUGAACCAGUGGGGUUCCCACCUGGGCCUCAGCGUUCUCAGCAAGCUAAGCCAGCUGUACUGCUCCCUGGUGUGGGAGAGCACUGUGCUGCUGUCCCUCUGCACUCCCAACAGCUUGCCGACAGGCUGUGAGUUCGGCCAGGCUGACAUGCAGAAGCUGGUGCCCAAGGAGGAGAAGGCCGCACCCAACGCCCCACAGGGAGCCAAGAAAGCAGAAGGUGAAACGGAGGCGGUUGCAGGCGGGAGUGUGGAGCCAUCGGCCCAGGGCCUGCUGGAGGGGAUCGGCCUGGAUGGAGACGCGCUGGCCCCCAUGGAGACGGACGAGCCCAGCACUGCCGACGCCAAGGGCAAGGCCAAGAUCACACCAGCCAUGGCGGCCAGGAUCAAGCAGAUCAAACCCCUCCUUUCGGCCUCGUCCCGUCUGGGCCGCGCUCUGGCCGAGCUGUUUGGGCUGCUGGUGAAACUGUGUGUGGGCUCCCCGGUGCGCCAGAGACGGAGCCACCAUGCUGCCAGCACCACCACCGCCCCCACGCCGGCCGCCCGCUCCACUGCCUCGGCCCUCACCAAGCUGCUGACCAAGGGGCUCUCCUGGCAGCCCCCGCCCUACACCCCCACGCCCCGCUUCCGGCUGACAUUCUUCAUCUGCUCCGUGGGGUUCACGUCGCCCAUGCUGUUCGACGAGCGCAAGUAUCCCUACCAUCUUAUGCUGCAGAAAUUCCUCUGCUCCGGCGGCCACAAUGCCCUCUUCGAGACCUUCAACUGGGCCCUCUCCAUGGGGGGCAAGGUCCCCGUGGCCGAGGGGCUGGAGCACCCGGACCUGCCGGACGGGACGGGGGAGUUCCUGGACGCCUGGCUCAUGCUGGUGGAGAAGAUGGUGAACCCCAGCACGGUGCUGGAGUCUCCCCACGCUCUUCCCGCCAAGCUGCCGGGAGGGCAGAACUAUCCGCAGUUCAGCGCCCUGCGCUUCCUGGUGGUGACCCAGAAGGCGGCGUUCACCUGCAUCAAGAACCUGUGGAACCGCAAGCCCCUGAAAGUGUAUGGGGGGCGCAUGGCAGAGUCCAUGCUGGCCAUCCUGUGCCACAUCCUGAGGGGGGAGCCCCUCAUCCGCGAGCGCCUGGGCAAGGAGAAGGAGGGGGCACGGGGUGAGGAGGAGGCAGGGCAGGAGGAGGGCGGAGCCCGGCGCGAGCCCCAGGUCAACCAGCAGCAGCUGCAGCAGCUGAUGGACAUGGGUUUCACACGGGAGCACGCCAUGGAGGCCCUGCUGAACACCAGCACCAUGGAGCAGGCCACUGAGUACCUCCUGACCCACCCACCACCACUCAUGGGUGGGGUCGUACGGGACCUGAGCAUGUCGGAGGAGGACCAGAUGAUGCGAGCCAUCGCCAUGUCGCUGGGCCAGGAUAUCCCCAUGGAGCAGCGGGCCGAGUCCCCGGAGGAGGCAGCCUGCCGGAAGGAGGAAGAGGAGCGCAAGGCGCGGGAGAAGCAGGAGGAGGAGGAGGCCAAGUGCCUGGAGAAGUUCGAGGACGCGCAGCCGCUGGACCCGGCCGAGCUGCACGGCUUCACGGACGCCAUGUUGCCCGGCUGCUCCCAGCUGCUGGACGAGCUGCCGGACACCGUGUACCGCGUCUGCGACCUCAUCAUGACGGCCGUCAAGCGCAACGGCGCCCCCUACCGCGACACCAUCCUCAAGCAAGUGGUCAAGCAGGUGUGGGAAGCGGCCGACGUGCUCAUCAAGGCGGCCCUGCCCCUCACCACCAGCGACACCAAGACUGUCUCGGAGUGGAUCAGCCAGAUGGCCACGCUGCCCCAGGCUGCCAACCUGGCCACCCGCAUCCUGCUGCUCACCCUGCUCUUCGAGGAGCUGAAGCUGCCGUGUGCCCGCGUGGUGGAGUCGAGCGGUGUCCUUAACGUACUGAUCAAGCUGCUGGAGGUGGUGCAGCCCUGCCUCCAGGCCGCCAAGGAGCAGAAGGAGGUGCAGACCCCCAAGUGGAUCACCCCGGUGCUGCUGCUCAUUGACUUUUACGAGAAGACGGCCAUCUCGUCCAAGAGGAGAGCCCAGAUGAACAAGUAUCUCCAGGCCAACGGGAACAACUGGCGCUGGUUUGACGACCGCUCCGGCCGCUGGUGCAGCUACAGCGCCAGCAACAACAGCACCAUAGACACCGCCUGGAAGGCGGGCGAGACCAGCGUGCGCUUUACCGCCGGCCGUCGGCGCUACACUGUGCAGUUCACCACCAUGGUGCAGGUGAACGAGGAGACGGGCAACCGGCGCCCGGUGAUGCUGACGCUGCUGCGGGUGCCCCGGCUCGGGAAGGGAGCCAAGGAGAGCAACGGGCAGGAGCUGGAGAAGACCCUGGAGGAGGCCAAAGAAACUGAGGGUAAAGCCAAGGAGGAGAAGGCAAAUGAGGCCCCAGUGCCCACGGAGCCCCUGCCUCCCGAGAAGGAGGCGGCCCCCGAGGAGCCGAAGGCGGCCGAGAUCCUGAUCGAGGGGCUGACGGAGGAGAUGGUGACGGUGCUGAUCCGGGCCUGCGUGAGCAUGCUGGGGGUGCCGGUGGACCCCGACACGCUGCACGCCACCCUGCGCCUCUGCCUGCGCCUGACGCGCCACCACAAGUACGCCCUGAUGUUCGCCGAGCUCCGCAGCACCCGCAUGAUCCUCAGCCUGACCCAGAGCUCCGGCUUCAACGGCUUCACGCCCCUCGUCACCCUGCUCUUCCGGCACGUCAUCGAGGAGCCCUGCACCCUGCGCCACACCAUGGAGAAGGUUGUACGCUCGGCGGCCACCAGCGGCGCGGGCAGCACCACCUCCGGGGUGGUGUCGGGCAGCCUGGGCUCCCGUGAGAUCAACUACAUCCUGCGCGUGCUGGGCCCGGCCGCUUGCCGCAACCCAGAGAUCUUCACCGAGGUGGCCAACGGCUGCAUCCGCAUCGCCCUGCCCGCCCCCCGCGGCUCGGGCACCGCAUCGGACGAUGAGUUCGAGAACUUGCGGAUCAAGGGCCCCAACGCGGUGCAGCUGGUGAAGACGACGCCGGUGAAGCCGUCGGCCCUGCCAGUCAUCCCCGACCCCAUCAAGGAGGUGAUCUACGACAUGCUGAACGCGCUAGCCGCCUACCACGCCCCGGACGAAGCUGAGAAGAGCGAGGCCAAGCCGGUCACGGCCAGCCAGGAGGUGAGCCAGCUGCUGUCGGACAUGGGCGACGACGUGUACCAGCAGUACCGCUCCCUCACCCGCCAGGGCAGCGACUUCGACUCGCAGAGCGGCUUCGCCAUCACUGCCCAGGUGUUCGGCGCAGACGGAGCAGCCGCCGAGACGCCGCCAUCUGGGACCCCUCAAGGAGAAGCCUCUACCCCGGAGGAGUCGCGGGAGGGCCGGAAGGACAAGGAGGGAGACAAGGCGACGGAGGAGGGCAAGCAGAAGGCCAAGGGCAGCAAGCCGCUCAUGCCCACCUCCACCAUCCUGCGACUGCUGGCCGAGCUGGUGCGCUCCUAUGUGGGCAUCGCUGCCCUCAUCGCCAACUACAGCUAUACCGUGGGCCAGUCCGAGCUCAUCAAGGAGGACUGCAGUGUGUUGGCCUUUGUCCUGGACCACCUGCUGCCCCACACCCAGAACGCAGAGGACAAGGAUACCCCCGCGCUGGCCCGUCUCUUCCUCGCCAGCCUGGCUGCAGCGGGCAGCGGCACGGACGCCCAGGUGGCACUGGUGAACGAGGUGAAGGCGGCGUUGGGCCGGGCGCUGGCCAUGGCGGAGAGCACAGAGAAACAUGCCAGGCUGCAAGCCGUGAUGUGCAUCAUCAGCACCAUCAUGGAGUCCUGCCCCUCCACCUCCAGCUUCUACAGCAGCGCGGCCGCCAAGACGCAGCACAACGGCAUGAACAACAUCAUCCGCCUCUUCCUCAAGAAGGGGCUGGUCAGCGACCUGGCGCGGGUACCCCACAGCCUCGACCUCUCCAGCCCCAACAUGGCGAACACGGUGAAUGCGGCGCUGAAGCCCCUGGAGACACUGUCGCGCAUCGUCAACCAGCCCAGCAGCCUCUUCGGCAGCAAGAGCACGGCCAGCAAGAGCAAAGCGGAGGGCGAGGUGCAGGGCGCUGCCCGCGACGCCAACAGCAACCAGCAGGACGUGGGGGAGCCGGGGGAGGCCGGUGCCCAUGAGGAGGACCACGACGCGGGCCAGGCGGAGGUGGCGGACGGCGACAUCAUGGACGGGGAGACGGAGGGCGACGCGGUGGUGAUCGCCGGGCAGCCUGAGGUGCUUAGCACCCAAGAGAUGCAGGUGGAGAACGAGCUGGAGGACCUGAUAGACGAGCUGCUGGAGCGCGAUGGCGGCCCUGGGAACAGCACCAUCAUCGUGAGCCGCAGCGGGGAGGACGACGCCCCGGAAGACGUGCUGAUGGACGAGGCCCCCUCCAACCUGAGCCAGGGCUCCACGCUCCAGGCCAACCGGGAAGACUCGAUGAACAUCCUGGACCCCGAAGACGAGGAGGAGCACACGCAGGAGGAAGACAGCAGCGGCAGUAAUGAGGAUGAGGAUGACAGUCAGGACGAGGAGGAGGAGGAAGAGGAGGAAGACGAAGAUGAUCAGGACGACGAGGAAGGCGAGGAGGGGGAGGAGGAGGAGGAGGACGACGAUGGCUCGGAGAUGGAGCUGGACGAGGAUUACCCCGACAUGAACGCCUCGCCCCUGGUGCGCUUCGAACGCUUCGACCGCGAGGAUGACCUCAUCAUCGAGUUCGACAACAUGUUCUCCAGCGCCACGGAUAUCCCCCCCUCCCCAGGAAACAUCCCGGCCACUCACCCGCUCAUGGUGCGGCACGCAGACCACAGCUCCCUGACCCUCGGCAGCGGCUCCUCCACCACCCGCCUGGCCCAGGGCAUCGGGCGGAGCCAGCGGACGCUGCGCCAGCUGACGGCCAACACCGGCCACACGAUCCACGUGCACUACCCCGGCACGCGGCAGCCCAACCCCCCCCUCAUCCUGCAGAGAUUGCUGGGUCCCUCGGCCGCAGCCGACAUCCUCCAGCUGAGCAGCAGCCUCCCGCUGCAGAGCCGGGGCCGCGCCCGCCUCCUGGUGGGGAACGACGACGUCCACAUCAUCGCCCGCUCCGAUGACGAGCUGCUGGACGACUUCUUCCACGACCAGAGCACGGCCACCAGCCAGGCAGGGACCCUCUCCAGCAUCCCCACCGCCCUGACGCGCUGGACCGAGGAGUGCAAGGUGCUGGACGCGGAGAGCAUGCAUGACUGCGUCUCAGUGGUGAAGGUUCCCAUCGUUAACCACCUGGAGGCGCUGCGGGACGAGGAGCUGGAGGAGCGCCGGGAGAAGCGCCGCAAGCAGCUGGCUGAGGAGGAGGCCAAAGCCACGGACAAAGCCAAGGAGGAGAAGGACGGGAAGGAGCAGAGCGCCCAGGGGGCGGUGCCCACACCUAACACCGCCACCGAGCAGAGUCUCUCAGAUGCAGCCGGCCGGACUGACGGUUUCCCCGCCGCCCCGCCCGCUGCUGAGGGCCCCUCCGCCGGCCCCAAGCAGACGCUGGUCACCCUGGAGACCCCACAGCCGGCAGCGGUGGGUGGGGAGCUGCCUCCGGAGCUCGCCGGGCAACCCAGCACCGAGGCCUCGCACCAGCUGCUGGUGCCGGCCGAGCCAGAGGACUCGGGGCCGGGGAGGCCCAAUGCCGACGCGGAGGCCACCCAGAUGGAGCUGUCACCUGCCCCCACCAUCACCUCGCUGUCCCCAGAGAGGGCAGAGGACUCGGAUGCCCUGACGGCCGUUAGCAGCCAGCUGGAGGGCUCGCCCAUGGACACCAGCAGCCUGGCCUCCUGCAGCCUGGAGGAGGGCGUCGGGGAGGGCGCCGUGCCCGGCGGGGCGGAGCAGCCUCCUGCCCACGGUGCCCCCGGGGCUGUGCCAGCCCAACAGCGCCCCGAGGGCCAGGCCGGCGGCGACAGCCUGGCCGAUGCCAGCCAGCAAGGGGAGGACAGCUCACCCCCUGCUUCGUCCUCCGAGAGCUCCUCUACCAGGGACUCGGCCGUGGCCAUCUCCGGAGCCGACUCCCGGGGCAUCCUGGAGGAGCCGCUGCCCUCCACCAGCAGCGAAGAGGAGGACCCGCUAGCAGGGAUAAACCUCCCCGAGGGCGUGGACCCUUCCUUCCUGGCGGCCCUGCCAGACGACAUCCGGCGUGAGGUGUUGCAGAACCAGCUGGGCAUCCGGCCGCCAGCCCGGCCUCCCCCCACGGCUACCACCCCCACCCCGCCUGUGGUGAGCAACCCCGGGGUGACAGAGGUCAGCCCUGAGUUCCUGGCUGCCCUGCCCCCCGCCAUCCAGGAGGAGGUGCUGGCGCAGCAGCGGGUGGAGCAGCAGCGGCGGGAGCUGGCGCAGGGCAUCAGCUCGGACACGCCCAUGGACCCGGUGACCUUUAUCCAGACGCUGCCCUCGGACCUGCGGCGCUCGGUGCUGGAGGACAUGGAGGACAGCGUGCUGGCCGUCAUGCCCCCCGACAUCGCCGCCGAGGCCCAGGCCCUGCGCCGCGAGCAGGAGGCCCGGCAGCGCCAGCUCAUGCACGAGCGGCUCUUCGGGCACUCCAGCACCUCGGCCCUGUCGGCCAUCCUGCGCAGCCCGGGCCGUCGGGCAGCACGGUGGACAGUCUCCUGCGGCUGCGGGGCCGGCUGCUGCUGGACCACGAGGCGCUGUCCUGCCUGCUGGUGCUGCUGUUCGUGGACGAGCCCAAGCUGAACACGAGCCGGCUGCACCGGGUGCUGCGCAACCUCUGCUACCACGGCCAGACGCGGGGCUGGGUGAUCCGCAGCCUGCUGUCCAUCCUGCAGCGCAGCAGCGAGAGCGAGCCCUGCCUGGAGACGCCCAAGGGGCCGCCGGACGAGCGGGGCAAGCGGGCCGCCAAGGCCGGGGCCCCCGAGGGCCGCCCCCUGGAGCUGCUGCACAAGAUGGAGGCCCGCAGCUCGGGCCAGCUCUCCUGGCUCUCCGUCUCCAUGGACGCCGCCCUGGGCUGCCGCACCAACAUCUUCCAGAUCCAGCGGGCCGGCGGGCGCAAGCACACGGAGAAGCACGCCGCCGGCACCGCCGCCGGCGCCGCCGUCCACAUCCACCCGCAGGCCGCCCCCGUGGUGUGUCGCCACGUGCUGGACACCCUCAUCCAGCUGGCCAAGGUGUUCCCCAGCCACUUCACGCAGCAGCGGCCCAAGGAGACGCCCUGCGAGGGGGAGCGGGGCGCCAGGCAGUCGGGCAGCCCUGGCCAGGCCAGUGGCAUCUCCACCGACUUCUGGGACUUGCUGGUCAAACUGGACAACAUGAACGUGAGCCGCAAGGGCAAGAACUCGGUCAAGUCAGUGCCGGUGAGCGCGGGCGCCGAAGGCGAGAGCUCCCCCUACAGCCUGGAGGCCUCGCCGCUGGGCCAGCUCAUGAACAUGCUCUCGCACCCCGUCAUCCGGCGCAGCUCGCUGCUGACUGAGAAGCUGCUGCGUCUGCUGUCGCUCAUCUCCAUCGCCCUGCCGGAGAACAAGGCGCCCGAGGGGCCGGGCACCGCCCCCGCCCCAACCGCGCCCUCCGCCGGGGCCGCCGCCCCCGCCCCUGCCCCCACCCCCGCCGUGCCAGCUCCCGCCAAGGGCAGCAAAUCUCCCGCCAAGGCGGGCGAGGCGGGCGGCGGCGGGACAGACGGCAAGAUGGUGGCGUCGGGCCUGACGGAAAGCCAGCUGCAGCUGUCGGUAGAGGUGCUGACGUCUCACUCCUGCUCGGAGGAGGGGCUGGAGGAUGCAGCCAACGUCCUGCUCCAGCUGUCGCGGGGCGACUCGCCCACCCGGGACACGGUGCUGCGGCUGCUGCUCAGUGGGGCCCGCCAGCUGGGCUACACCCUCUGCAAGCAGAUCGGCACGCUGCUGGCGGAGCUGCGCGAGUACAACUUGGAGCAGCAGCGGCGGGCGCAGUGCGAGCUGCUCUCCCCCGACGGGCUCCCCGACGAGCAGCCCCAGACCACCAAGCUGAAGGGCAAGAUGCAGAGCCGGUUCGACACGGCGGAGAACGUGGUGAUCGUGGCCUCCCAGAAGCGGCCCCUGGGCGGGCGGGAGCUGCAGCUGCCGUCCAUGUCCAUGCUGACCUCCAAGACCUCCACCCAGAAGUUCUUCCUGCGCGUGCUGCAGGUCAUCAUCCAGCUGCGGGACGACACGCGCCGCGCCAACAAGAAGGCCAAGCAGACGGGCCGGCUCGGUAGGGCUGGUGCUGCAGCCUGCCAGCCGUGGGUGCUGCAGCCGGCGGUGGAAGCUUUCUUCCUGGUGCACGCAACGGAGCGGGAGAGCAAGCCCCCGGUGCGGGACACCCGCGAGAGCCAGCUGGCCCACAUCAAGGACGAGCCCCCGCCCCUGUCGCCCGCCCCUCUCACCCCCGCCACCCCCUCCUCGCUGGACCCCUUCUUCUCCCGCGAGCCCUCCUCCAUGCACAUCUCCUCCAGCCUGCCCCCCGACACCCAGAAGUUCCUGCGCUUCGCAGAGACCCACCGCACGGUGCUAAACCAGAUACUGCGCCAGUCUACCACCCACCUGGCCGACGGGCCCUUCGCUGUCCUGGUCGACUACAUCCGCGUGCUGGACUUCGACGUCAAGCGCAAGUACUUCCGCCAGGAGCUGGAGCGUCUGGACGAGGGGCUGCGCAAGGAGGACAUGGCCGUCCACGUGCGCCGUGACCACGUCUUCGAGGACUCGUACCGCGAGCUGCACCGCAAGUCGCCCGAGGAGAUGAAGAACCGACUGUACAUCGUGUUCGAGGGCGAGGAGGGGCAGGACGCGGGCGGGCUGCUCCGGGAGUGGUACAUGAUCAUCUCGCGGGAGAUGUUCAACCCCAUGUACGCCCUGUUCCGCACCUCGCCCGGCGACCGCGUCACCUACACCAUCAAUCCCUCGUCCCACUGCAACCCCAACCACCUGAGCUACUUCAAAUUCGUGGGGCGCAUCGUGGCCAAGGCCGUGUACGACAACCGCCUGCUGGAGUGUUACUUCACCCGCUCCUUCUACAAGCACAUCCUGGGCAAGUCAGUCAGGUACACGGAUAUGGAGAGCGAGGAUUACCACUUCUACCAGGGCCUGGUUUACCUGCUGGAGAACGACGUGUCCACACUAGGCUACGACCUGACCUUCAGCACCGAGGUGCAGGAGUUCGGGGUGUGUGAGGUGCGGGACCUCAAGCCCAACGGCGCCAAUAUCCUGGUGACGGAGGAGAACAAGAAGGAAUACGUGCACCUGGUCUGCCAGAUGAGGAUGACGGGAGCCAUCCGCAAGCAGCUGGCUGCCUUCCUGGAGGGUUUCUACGAGAUCAUCCCCAAGCGCCUCAUCUCUAUCUUCACGGAGCAGGAGCUCGAGCUUCUCAUCUCGGGGUUGCCCACCAUCGACAUCGACGACCUGAAAUCCAACACCGAGUACCACAAGUACCAGUCCAACUCCAUCCAGAUCCAGUGGUUCUGGCGAGCCCUGCGUUCCUUCGACCAGGCGGACCGAGCCAAGUUCCUGCAGUUCGUGACGGGCACCUCCAAGGUCCCCCUGCAGGGCUUCGCCGCCCUGGAGGGCAUGAACGGCAUCCAGAAAUUCCAGAUCCACCGGGACGACCGUUCCACCGACAGAUUGCCUUCCGCUCACACGUGUUUCAAUCAGCUGGACCUUCCCGCCUACGAGAGCUACGAGAAGCUACGUCACAUGCUGCUACUGGCCAUCCAGGAGUGCUCGGAAGGCUUCGGCCUGGCGUGAGCCGGGCGCCCGCCUCCGCGGCUCUUUUUGUACUGAGGCAGACUCGGGGGACAGGGAGGGGCCAAGCCAUGGGGGCGGGGCUUAGCGGAUCUCCACCCCUUCCCUUUCCGAGGUGGCGCCCCCCCCUCCCACCACACACACACACACACACACACACCCCCACACGCGUCCGGAGAGAAGACAAAUGAUAUAUAUAAAUAUAUAUAUAUUUUUUUUGGUUUAGUUUGCAUUUCUUAAGUUGUGCUUGGAAUGUGUUGACGUGAGCCGGACAGACGAGACGAUGAUACAAUCUGCUUUGGUUUCUCGAUCCUUCCCCUUGCCCCAGCCCCCUUCUGCCCCCGCCCCCACCCCGUUGGGCCCCCGCGGAGGGGGAGGGGAAAACAAGGGGGUGGGGGAGACACCCUGAGGUUUAAGAAAAUAAAUCCCU